UUGCGACGAUUCCCCGAUGGGCGACUCAGUCGUCUAACGGAGUUGAAACCUGAAUGCUGAGCUGGAACAGAAUUCUAGUGCCAGAUUGUGCCCCCGUUGAGAAUCCAACGAAACCCCAGUCGUAAAAUCAAGAAAUAUUCACACGCUGCGUCAAAAGUCAUAAACAAGUGCGUUUUUUCAAAAAAUAAUAUACGGGUGCGUGUGGUGCUUUUGCGGUGUGCCCUUAAAAGUGGCAAAUAAAAUUUUCCCCCCAAUAAAAAUUAUAUUUAAUAUAUAUAUAAAAAAAGGAAAAAAAAUAUUGAAAUCAAAAAGCUACAUCAAUUGUUUAAGCAUUUCGAUCGCAGUGCUCUUGAGACAUGCCAAAGUAGCCAGUGAAGUGUUAACAAAAAUCACAGCAACUACCAAAACUACCAUACCAACUACGACAACUUGCGAAACGAAUUUUUUCGAGUGCUUAGACAUCGGGCUGCCUCAACAAAAGAACUUUGAUUUCCAACAAUUGUAACGAAUGAUUUGUAUGAUUUGGAAGGCCACUUUGGAGCUGAAAGGAUUAAGCCGUCGCAUACUUUACGAGCCCAGUUAUCCUACAAGGAAUAAUGCUCAGGCUUUUGCUGCUCCUUGUGAUAACGAUAUGUGUGCUAUUAACGAAUGUUAAAUCUGGUGUGCCAAUUGGAACCGGCGGACCAUCUAUUAUCCUUGAAAGCAAGGAUGCUCUGCUAACCUGUGUGGUGUCGGAGAACUCCUCGAACAACACAGUAAUAUGGAAGAAGGGUGACGAGAUCCUGACCGCUGGAACAGUGCGGGUAACCAAGGAUCAUCGUGUGCGAAUCCUCCACGAUGAAAAUCCUAAGGGUAAAAAUCUGGAGACGGGUGGCGAAGUAUGGGUUCUUUUGAUUAAAAAUCUAAAGCCCAGCGAUUCGGGUGCAUAUAUUUGUGAACUUAAUUCGGAUCCAGUGCUUCGGAGUAUUCAUAUACUGACAGUCAAGGAACUGCACUCAUCGACCGGUAGCCCGGGAAAUUCCACGGAUCCGGCUGCCGCCGAGUCGAGUGACGUGUUCCUGCUGCCCCCGCCCCUGGACGCCCAGGAUAAUCGCAGCUUCUGGCGUCCCAGCCAAGUGCCGCCACUGGUGACACACGACUUUACGGAAUGCUGCGAACGGGCCAAUGUCUCCGCCCAGUGCAUGGGCUUCUGCAAUGUCCAUAACAUUCUGGAUGGCACCACCGGCAUCGAUCCGGAGGCCUGUGAACGGGACUUUCCCAGCAUCGUCCGUUGCAUGGCUGACGGACGGAAUCAUGUGCCCUGCUGCGUGGAGAAGCAGAUUCCGGACUUGUGCCAGGACAUGUGUCGCGGGGAGUACACCCCCUUCACUGACAAGCUGAAGACGCGAGUCUCCUGCGUCCAGCACACCCUCAGCGGCCUGCAGUGCAUCUUGAAGGGAGUGCAGUUGAUUCCCAGCACCCCCACCCAGGUGACCAUCGAGAAUGUAAGCGAAACCAGUGUGAGCGUGGGGUGGACAGCGCCGGAAAAGCUGGCGGAUCGGGUAUCUGGGUACGUCGUGAACGUAACCACGCUCCACAGCUUCGACGAGGACGAGUUGAGUGGCGAGAUUGUCCAUCGAACGGCAGCAGAUUCGGCGGAGUCAGUGAGCCUCCACAACGUGCCGGCGAAUCAAACGCAACUGAAACUGAACGACUUGAAGCCCCUGACGAUGUACGCCGUAAUCAUUACGGCCACGAAUGAGUUUGGUGCGAGCUUGCCCAGCGAACGCCUGAGGUUCUUCACCCACACCAGCGCCUCGGCGGCCGAGUCUCAAGCGGGAGCCACCGACAAGGGGCUGAUGCCCCAGCUGCCGGAUGUGCGACAGUGUUGCGAGGACAAUGGGAUGACGCAUCGCAUGUGUCUGGACAAGAUGUGCGAUCCCCAGAAAACGGAUCUGGCCACGCUGCCCGACUUUAUGGUGUGCGCCCCCUGGUCGAAUAUAACGUUCACCUGCCUGGCCAACAAUAUCGAUCAUACGCCCUGUUGUCGGGCGAGAGGUAUUCCUGCGGCUUGCUUCCCCCUCUGCUCUGGCAAGCUGAUGUCUCUGGACUUUAGUCUGUUCAAAUGCCUGCGCUUCAUGUCCGAGUACAGCAGCUGUCUGUUCCAGGGUUACGGUGUCCUGGCCGAUCCGCCGUCGAAGCUCCGGACGGUGGCCAAGACGGACAACUUCGUGAUUCUGGACUGGAACAAGCCGAAGCGCCUGGCCGACACUGUCAGCACAUAUCACGUCAAAUUCCGACGUCUGGGCGUUGGCGAUGACUAUUUGACCGUAGAGAAGCGCCAACCGCCGCUUAUACUCGAGGGCCUCGAAUCGGACAUCUACUACGAGUUCUACGUGGUAUCGGUGAAUGCCUAUGGAAAGAGUGAGCCCUCCCCCCGCCUGAUCACCCGCACACUGGCCGCUGAGCCUGUCCAAGUGACGGCCUCCAGAUACAACAUGACGAGCUGCUGCCACGCCUCCGGGCUGCUACCACAGUGCGCACCCCUCUGCUCCUACAACAUCCGCCUCUCGGACAUCGAGCGGUUGGGGCCGGCGUGCCGAGCUCAAAUGCCCAUCCUGGCGAGAUGUGCAGCCGGCGGACGUGAUCACAGCCCGUGCUGCAGUCGCCGCGGCGUCAUUAACGCCUGCAUGCCACUCUGCCGCGGCGUCAUGCCCCUUGCCCUGACUACCAAAGCGGCAACAUCAACAGCAGCGACGUCAGCAUCAGCAACGACAUCAUCAUCCACUGGAACAGCAGCAACAUCAGGCAGCAGCAAUGCGGCAACUGCAACAUCAUCAUCAUCAUCGUCGUCGUCAUCGACGAGCAAUGUGCCCGAUUGUUUAUCAUAUGCCGGCAACAUUUUGCAGUGUUUCGAGGAAGGCACCCAGAAUAUCCCUGGUCCGCCCGAAGACGUGCAUGCGACAUUCGUGAACCAAAGCAGCAUUAGUUUGAUGUGGACCCAGCCCGAUGUUGAGAACAGUAGCAAUAGUAGCAACGGAAUGGGUAACAGCAACGUGUCACCUGGUGACAUGAUAACCGGCGAUGAACUGGCAGCCGGUGGUGCUACGGAUCCUGGAAAGGAUGUGGCGCCAGAUACCCAGCAGCAGCAGUCGUCCGUCAGCGAUGCCACAAGUGGAACAACUGGAAUGGAGGAUAUUGAAUUCAUCGUACAAUAUGGCAAAGUCAAUAACAUGACCAUGUACGAGACAGUUGCCAAAUUGGAAAAUGAAUUGACCACCAAUGAGACGAGUAUCGAUUUGACAAAUUUGGAUGAGAAUGCCUUGUACCGAAUUACGGUUGUGACGCGCGGGAAAUUUGGCACAUCGCUGCCGGCAUCGAUGCUGUUGCUGAAUACCACCAACCGUGCCAGCGAAGCCCGGAGUGAAGGCGUCGCCUGGGGCGCCCCCUCGCCACCACACUCGCUGACGGUGGUGGCGCACAGUGCCACCUGGAUGCAGUUAACGUGGCAGCCACCAGAGUACGCCCAUCCGCACGAGAGGAUUACCUACAGAGUCUAUCACAAGGCCAUGAGGGCCGACCAAUUCAUUAAGAUUGAAACGAAGCUGGCCUGGCUGAGGAUGAACAACCUGAAGCCGAGCUCCCAGCAUGUGCUCUACGUGGAGGCUGUGGGUGAGCGGGGCAACUCGUUGCCCUCGGAGACGCUGGUGGCCUGGACGGAUCCCGCCCUGCCAGCCUUUGUGGAUCCCCCCACUGUGCAUCCGGCGGACAACGUUCCGGAGGGCGGUUCCAUGACCAUUCUGUGUCUGGCCCUGGGCAACCCCGCUCCGACCAUUUCGCUCUACGUGGGCGGACACCUGGUGCGUCAGGACACCUCGCGGCACAUGGUGACGGUCAUCCACAACGUGUCGGCCGACAUGGAGCAUGUUUCGUGUUAUGCGGACAACGGCUACGGAGUGCCCAUGCAGGCCACAAGAAGAGUUAACAUUUGCUAUCCACCUAAGAUCCAGGCAGCUGGCAUCACUGUGGCCUCUAUUGGAGACGAGAUCGAGCUUCGAUGCACCGUGGACUCAAAACCGGCGCCAAAAACCUUCUUCUGGAGGGAAAAGGAUGGCCGAGUGCCGGUGAUCAACGGCGGAAAUAACUUUAUUUCAGUAAAAACCAACGAAUCCCGACCCUCGAUCUAUACCAUGUCCCUGAAGAUCAGUAAGCUGCAGGCCAAUGAUGUGGGAGAUUACUUCUGCCAUGCGGAGAAUCCUUUUGGCGCCACUACAACACCGGUAUCGGUGCGAAUACGUAAUACGCCGGCCCUGAAUCACAAUGUAUCCGUUUGCUGUGCGGAACAAAACGUGACCAUGGGCUGCCGCAGUGCCUGCAGCUAUUAUGUGGACUUUGAUGCCAUUGCCGAUCGCCCGGAGUGCAUCGUAGACUUUGACAAACUAAUGCGAUGUGCUGCCGACGGAUCUGAUCAUCGAUCCUGCUGUGCUGAUGAACAUGUACCGCGGAAGUGCCUCAACUGGUGCCGAGGAGAGUCCGUGAGGUCCAAGGAAAUCUGCAGUCUGCAAUAUGCCAGGACCAUUGUCGGAUGCUUCGAGAAGAACAGGGAUCGACUGCCCGGCCCACCCGAGAAUAUUGUAGUCUCUGUGUUGUCCGACAGCGAAGUGAAAAUAAGAUGGGAUGCGCCGACAAAGAAUCCAAAUGCCGUUGACGGCUAUAGAAUAUUUUACCACGAGGCCGCCGUUCUGCCGCCAACUUCUGGUUCGAGUUCCAGCCAGGAUGCGACUUCCUCUGUGGAUCAGGCUGGCAUGGAUACCCUGGCAGCCAUGAAUAAUGCAACAAGUAUGGGCAACGGCAACAGCAACAACGCAAUGGCUGCUCUCGAGAUACGACGCAUCGACGUAAAGGACACAACAAUAAGCAUUAAUGGCCUCAAGAAGGAUGUGCUCUACGAGCUGGUGGUGAAGGCUGGCAAUAGCUACGGUGCCAGCGUGCUCACAGAUCCGAUUAGGUUCACGCUCGGCGAGCAUCAUGUGACCUCGGCGACCAGCAGUUAUUCGAGUGCCGUUGGCACCAUCAGCGGCAUUGUGGCCAGCAUUUUGGCCAUUCUGCUGGCGGCAGCGGCCAUUGUGUUCUAUCGCCGGCAGCGCUCCAGCCACGGCAAAUCGGUCAACGGCAAUGUGGCCUUUGAGAAUCCCACCUACACCAGGGGCCUGGAGCAGGUGCAGCUACCCACUGUCACAUCGGCCAUCACGACGCAAAAUGGCAACCAACAUGGGAUGAGCAGCAGCGGCAAUAGCAACAACAACAAUGGGAACAGUCACGGCCAUGGCCGUAAUGGCAUUGCCGCCACAAUGACGACAUCCACAACGACAACAGCGCCGACAGCCUCUGCAGGUGCCGCCGCUCUGACGGGGAACAGGCAACAUCAGCAGCAGCAACAUUACCAGCAACAGAAACAGCAGCAGCAACAUCCACUUCAGAACCACCAGCAACAUCACAAGAGUGCGGCAGAUGCGGCGCAUCAUUUCCAUAACCCGCUCAGCAAUACGCAGUGCAAUGAAGUAAAUCCCACAAUUUAUGAAGAGCUCAAACUUGGCCAAGAAGGUGCUGGAUUUAAGAAACUUGUGCCAUAAACGAAGCACAAUAAUAAUAAUAACAACAAAAACACUAACUAACACAACAAAAACAGACAGUACACAUGACAACAAAAACAAGAAACAAAAACAAGUAUAGCUAGCGAACUUAUAUAUAUAUACUAUAUAUAUAGAAAUAUAUACGCUAAAUGUAGACAUAGGCCGUGUAAACAGCGCGAAGCGCAACCUCAAACAACUACACAUACAACAAGACACAAGAAGACACACAGACACAUACACACACACACAUAUACAAACUUACAAAUACAAGCACACACUCACGCACACGUAGACAGUGUGUACUGUGACAUCUUUACAGAAUGCAUUGCGAGAAAAACUUUGGGUAAAACAAUUUUUGCUUGCAAAAAUCUUUUGGGUAGCAUGUAAUAAGUAAUAAAUUUUUAGUAUGUAACUGUGAUUCAACCAGAAAAAAACAUAAAAACAAAAUCAUAACAAUACGAAACCAUGUAAAAUAAUUAACUAAUUGGUAAUGAACGUAAGCAAAAACUGAAAAACUGAUUGAGAAAAAAAUACCAAUGAUUAGUAAAAAUCUA